AUGAUUGUUGUUGAUUACGCUACAAAGUUGGAGGAGUUGUUUAGGUUCUGCAUGCAUUACAAUGGGGUAGGAGCUGAAAGUUCCAAGUGUAUCAACUUUGAAAGUGGAUUGCAUCCAAAGAUCAAGCAAUUCAUUAGGUAUCAGGAGAUUUGUCAGUUCUCUAUACUAGUUAACAAUUGUAGAAUCUACGAUGGGGAUAGUUGUGCUAGAUUUGCUCACUAUAAGAGUGUUAGUGAGAAGAAAAGUGGAAAUAAAAAUCAUCUAAAACUCUAUGGAGCUCAAGCUGAUAAAGGGAAGUGGAAGGAUUCGGGUGGGAAAAGGACAAGUGGGGGAGGUGUUUCUGUCAUAUGUUUUAGCUGUGGAGGAAUUUGUCAUUGUGCCAGUGAAUGCAAGAUUUCUGAUCAUAAAUGUUUCAAGUGUGGGAAAACAAGGCAUUGUAUUGCCGAUUGUAAGAGUAAUAUGGUGACUUGCUUCAAUUAUGGAAAACCAGGUCACAUUAUAGCGCAUUGCCAAAAAUUAAAGAAGGCUCAGUCUGGAGGGAAAGUUUUUGCUUUGAGUGGAGAAAAGACUAUUAGGUCUAAUAACUUGAUUCGAGGUACAUGUUGUAUUAAUGGUGUUACUCUUAUGGCUAUGAUUAACACGGGCAUGACACAUUCGUUCAUAUAUCUCGGUUUUGUUAGAAGGUUGAAUCUAAAAGUGUCUUCUAUGGUUGGGAGUAUGGUUAUUGAUACCCCAUUUAAUGGUUCAACGACUACUUUAUGGGUUUGUUUGAAUUUCCCUUUCAUUAUCUAUGGUGAGGACUUCGGUAUUGACUUAGUCUACUUAACGUUAAGUCAACUUGGUGUUAUCCUGGGAAUGAACUGGUUGGAUUUCAACCACAUUCAAAUCAAUUAUUUUGAAAAGUCUAAGAUGUUUCUAGAGAUCGAAGUAGGUGAAGAUUGCAUGUUUAUGUCUGCUAAGCAAUUGGAGGAGUCUUUGAAGGAUGACACUUGUGUGUUUAUAAUGUUCGCUUAUUUGAAGGAUGGAAGCAAAGUCGUGGUUGGUGAUCUACCAGUUGUGUGUGAUUUUCCAGAGGUGUUCCCAGAUGAUAUUAGUGAUUUUCUAUCGGAGCGCGAGGUUACGUUCACCAUAGACUUAGUAUGUGGUAUUAGUCAUGUGUCGAUGGCACCUUAUCGAAUGUUAGCUUCAAGGUUGUGUGAUUUGAAGAAACAAUUAUAG